AUGGCUCCUCCCCCCUCCGCUCCGCGCGCGGUCUCCCCGCUCACCCGCUAUUACCUGCUGGCCUAUAACGCAGUCAGCUUCGGGCUGUGGGCAACAUGCACACUCCGCGCGGCGCUGCUGGUGAUCCUCCUCGCGCCGACCGGCCAUCUCCCCGCCGUGUUCGGGCAGGUCUUCUCGCCUCUCCUCGUGACCGCGCAGUCGAUGGCUCUUCUCGAGAUCCUGCACAGCCUGCUCGGCCUCGUGCGCGCCCCGGUCUUCACCACCGCCAUGCAGGUUGCCAGCCGUCUCCUGCUCGUCUGGGGCGGUGCCCUCCGUGGGCCUGGCGCUCAGGCCGGCGACUUGGCUUUCCUCGGCUGUCUCGCCGCGUGGGGGAUCACGGAAUGUAUUCGUUACGGCUUCUUUGCUCUGCAGGUCUGGGGGCAGGGUGUUCCUUCCUGGUGGACGUGGCUGAGGUACAACACCUUCUACAUCCUCUACCCUAUCGGCAUCUCGAGCGAAUGCAUCCUGAUAUUCUUGUCGCUGGACCGCGCCGCUGCGCUGCACCCCUUAUACUGGUGGUUCUUCGUCGUCGCCUUGGUGAUUUACAUUCCAGGCUCUUAUAUUCUCUACACACACAUGAUUGCGCAGAGACGCAAGGUUCUCCGGGGGAAGAAGCGGGCGUAA